AUGUGGGAUCAAGAAAUUGAUGGAGAUCAACAGGAAAGCUGGCGAAGAUGGACCGAAGCGCUGAAACAGAUACAAACGGUGAAGAUUCCACGAUGUUAUUUCCCUAACGCUACAUCUGAGCACUACCGUCGACUACAGUUACACAUUUUCGUGGAUGCGAGCGAGGUCGCAUAUGCGGCUGUCGCUUAUUUCCGUAUUGUCGAUCCAAAAGGAGCGAUACGCUGUAUUUUGGUGGCAGCAAAGACCAAAGUAGCCCCACUGAAACCAAUGUCAAUACCCCGCUUGGAACUGCAAGCAGCUGUACUUGGAUCUAGAUUGCUACGCUUUGCACAAGAAUCUCAUAACGUAACCGUGACGCAGCGGUUCUUGUGGUCGGACUCAUCAACUGUUUUGGCCUGGUUGAAAUCGGAUCCUCGCAAGUAUAAGCAGUAUGUGGCCUGUAGGAUUGGUGAAAUUCUGGAGGUAACGGAGGUGAGUGAGUGGCAAUGGAUCCCGUCGAAGCAGAACCCAGCGGAUUUAGCAACGAAAUGGGGAAAUGGACCAAGCAUGGAUGCCGAAGGAGUAUGGUUCACUGGGCCGCCAUUUCUUUUACAACCCGAACUAGAAUGGCCGAAGCACAACAAGCUGUUUCAACAAACUACCGAAGAGGAGUUACGCGUUUGCAACGUUCAUUGUGAAGCUGUCAAGAUGUCAUCGGUGAUCGAUUGGGAGCGAUUCUCAAAGUGGGAGCGGCUGCACAGAGCGAUGGCGUACGUACACAGAUACAUAAAUAACCUGGAACGACGGUGUCACGGUGGACGAACAGCUAACGGUCACCUUACUCAAGCUGAAUUGCGCCAAGCUGAAACAACGUUGAUUAAGAUGGCACAGCGAGAAGAAUUUCAAGCAGAGAUGGCGAUUCUGAUACGCAACCGCGAUAGAUCAACAGCCGAGCAGCUCAAUCUGGACAAAAGCAGCAUAUUGUAUCAUCUGUCACCCUUCAUCGACGAGUUGGGAAUCCUAAGGCAGGAAGGGAGAAUCGGCGCUGCACAGUAUGCAAGCAUCGAAAUGAAGUACCCAGCUGUUCUACCAAGAAACCAUAGGAUCACGAUGCUGAUUUUGGAUUGCUAUCAUCGACAAUAUCAACACGGCAACGCAGAAACUGUAGUAAACGAAAUCAGGCAGCGAUACCACGUGGCACAAUUAAGAGCACUAGUUCGAAAAAUCAGUAGUAGUUGUCUAGCCUGCCGAGUGAUGAAGGCAGCUCCUCGCGUGCCCCGCAUGGCGGCUCUUCCUCCCGCUCGCUUGGCGGCAUUUGUUAGACCGUUUACAUACGUGGGAUUGGAUUUCUUUGGACCUAUACAUGUAAAGGUAGGGCGAGGAAGUGCUAAGAGAUGGAUAGCACUCUUCACUUGCCUUACGAUCCGAGCAGUACAUUGUGAAGUCGUUUGCAGUCUCUCUACUGAUGCCUGUAUCAAGUCAAUUCGUCGUUUUGUAAGUCGUCGUGGUGCGCCUGCGGAAAUAUUUUCGGAUAACGGCAGCAACUUUCAAGGAACGGCGCGAGUGUUGAUGGCCCAGAUUCAACAAGGACUUGCGGCGACGGUGACAAGUACAACGACAAGAUGGGUAUUCAUUCCUCCAGCGUCCCCACACAUGGGGGGCGCUUGGGAGCGCAUGGUGCGCUCCGUGAAGCAAGCGAUGUUUAGUGCGUAUCAUUCGGAUCGGAAGCUAGAUGAUGAAUCUCUGUUAACGUUCGUUGCCGAGGCCGAAGCUAUUGUCAACAGUCGACCUUUAACUUACCUACCCUUGGAUUCGGAGGAAAGCGAAGCCCUAACCCCCAACCAUUUCCUCCUGGGCAGCUCAAGAGGUAUUCUACAACCAGUUGCCGAACCAACGGAUUGUUCAGCGGCUGUGCGAAGCUCGUUCAGCAUGAUCCAACACCAGCUGGACUGUUUCUGGAGACGCUGGAUUAGAGAAAUGCUGCCAACGUUGACGAAGAGAACCAAAUGGUUCCAAGAGGAAAGGCCAAUAACGGUUGGAGAUUUGGUUUUGAUUGUGGAUGCUGGCAAGAGGAAUGACUGGACCAGGGGACGCAUAUUGGAAGUUAUACCAGGAAGCGACGGGCGAAUACGACAGGCCGUCGUGAGAACUGCGGGGGGAUUACUGCGUAGAUCGGUAGCAAAAUUGGCUGUACUGAAUAUUGAGCAUAGUGGUAAAACUGGGACCGGUGGCCAGUGUUACGGGGGGGAGGAUGUUGCCGCUGGGAGCACUGCCUCAGAUACGCAUACUGCAGGGCCAGCCCGACCGAAACGGAAUGUCAUUCCGACAGAUCCGUCAACUGUCAACGAAGAGGAGUAG